CCGCGGUGCUCCGUGGCGCGGGGCUGCCGGCCGCAGGUGCACCUGAGCUGAGGCAGCGCGGGGCGGGGGCCGCCUCCAGCGCGGCGGCUCCAGCGCUGCCUCCCGGCAGCACCGGCCGCUCGCCCGCCCCGCCGCCGGGACACGGGAGUUAAGAGCAAGUUGAGUAAAGCCCUGGCCGGUUUUUGUACGCCAGGGGAGUCCCCCUCUUUCCCCGGCAGGGCUGGGCAAGAACCACAGAUCUGUGACUCUGGGCAGUGUGUCUCUGAAAGUCCUGCCCUGAGUUUGUCCUGCUGGCAAGGCUGUGCAGCGUGAGAGUCGAGUACUUUGUAACUGGGAGUGCCUGAAUGCAUCAGCUCUUGGAUGUGAGCAUCUUCUUCUGAAACAGCCUUGUGACACCCUAACUGCCUAUUCUCUUGGGAGGUCCCUUGGAGGAACCUGUCCCUGCAUCCAUCUGAGUGCCUGACAUUGCUGCCUUGUUUCCAGAUCUGAACCAUGUCCCACCCAUCCUGGCUGCCACCCAAGAGUACCAAUGAGCCUGUUGGUCACAUUACUGCAAGGAUGGAGACCACACAUACCUUUGGGACUCCCAGCAUCUCUGUGUCCACCCAGCAGACACCAAAGAAGUUUGCACCUGUCGUUGCCCCCAAGCCAAAGUACAACCCGUACAAGCAGCCAGGAGGCGAUGGGGACUUCCUUCCUCCACCCCCACCUCCUGCAGAUGACCUCGGGAACAUCACAUCAUCCCAAGGUGCCUUUCCCCCUCCACCCCCUCUGGAUGAUGUUACUUUCAAGGUGCAGGUGAAUCCUGGUGGCAAGACACUUGAGGAGAGGCGGUCCAGUUUAGAUGCAGAAAUCGACUCUCUGACCAGCAUCCUGGCUGACCUCGAGAGCAGCUCUCCUUACAAACCUCGGACUCAACAGGGGUCUGGGACCUUGAGCAGCUCCACCACCACCCCACCUGUGUCCACACCUGUCACUGGCCACAAGCGAAUGAUCAUCCCUAACCAGCCUCCCCUCACCGCCACCAAGAAGGUCACCACCAAGGGUGCAGGGCAGCCGGCGCCCAUCCCAGUCACUCCUGUCGGGACGCUGAAGCCGCAGCCGGUGCCAGCCUCCUACACGACAGCGUCCACCCCCAGCCGCCCGGCUUUCAACGUGCAGGUGAGGACGGCGCAGCCCAGCCCGCACUACCAGCCGCCCGGCCCGCAGCCCGCGCACUACGGCAGCCCCGGGCCCAGCCAGCCCUACGCUCCCUCGCCCGCCCGCCCGCCCGGCGCCGCGCACUACGGCCCCCCGCCGAGCCACGGGCCCGACUACGGCUAUGCGCCGCCGCCCGCCCGGCCCGCGGAGCCCGCCUACGGCUACGCACCUCCGCAGGGCCGCUACCAGAGCCCCUACUAUGAGGGGUACGGGGGCCGCAACGGCUCUGAAGCGCCCUACGUACCACAGAGCUCCUGGAAGGCUGAGCCAGCGUAUCCUGCCGGUAACACCAUGGGCCAGGCUCCUCCUGGGCUCUACCAGCCGUCUGGCAUGAAGAAGACCUACAUCACCGAGCCGGUGCUGGCCCCGCAGCCACCCUCGCUGCAGCAGAAGAGUGGGUAUCCUGGUGCUGGACCUGCAUCAAGCACUCCUGCCUUCAGGCCUGAGGAUGAAUUGGAACAUCUGACCAAGAAAAUGCUGUAUGACAUGGAGAAUCCUCCUUCUGAUGACUACUUUGGUCGCUGUGCGCGCUGCGGGGAGAACGUCGUUGGGGAAGGCACCGGCUGCACGGCCAUGGACCAGGUCUUCCACGUGAAGUGCUUCACCUGCAUUAAGUGCAACAACAAGCUGAGGGGACAGCCUUUCUACGCAGUGGAGAAGAAGGCCUACUGUGAGCCCUGCUAUAUCUUAAAGCCUCAGAAUCCCAUGACAGUACUGUGAGCAUCAGAAGAACUCUGAUCUCUUUGGCUUUCUGGAUGAAUUUUGUUUCCUGCUCUAACCUAUCUCUGAAAUGAAGUGACCAAAGUGGUGGGGGGGAAAGGUGCUUUUUGCAUUUGACUUUUUUCAUCUCUGCAAAGAGGAGACUGUGCAGUGAUUUUUUUUGAGUGGUAGUGUUGCUCUCUGAAGUUUUCCUUGUUGAGAAACCUGAUCUCAAAAUACUUAAAGACUCUGGUACCCAUUAGGAUUACAGAGGUGGUUUCUAAAACUGAGACCUUUCCAUUGUUUGGUGGGAGUCCUUCUACUGAGCUAAGAGUCUUUGGCUCAGGUAUCUUUUUCAGCUUACUUUACACUAAAAUUUCAUUCCUUGCCUCCAGCAAGCUCUUAAAAGCAAACAGUUGCUCUGAGAAGCUGCUCCUUUUAAGAGGCUUCCAUAACAGUUUCUUGGAACCUAUUGCACAAUUGCAAAUCAAACAUCACACUGCACACCUGAGGUCUUACCUUGCUGUGACCUCAGCAUACAAUAUAUAGGAAUAAUCCUUGUAAUUUACAGUAAGAAAAGCACCAAAACGUGGUUUUUUUUCAAUGUUGAUAGGUCUUUAGCUGCCAAUUCAGUGUUCUGAACUUGAGACCCUUCCAGAAUUGCAUUCUCAUUUCUGAAAGUAAAAGCUGAUGCUUUUCUCCAAUGUUCCAAUAAUAAUUGAAGCAAUAGUGUGUAUUUCUGAAAAUGCCACCCAUAUCUUAUUAUUCUUUCUGGGUUUGCACAGCCUUCACAGUGGCACUGGUGCUGAAAUGCUGUGUGUUCUCUUAUUUACCAUGGCAGUGCUCUAUGUGCCUUGUAAAUUGGCUUUUAACAACUAAAUGAUCUUUUGAUGGAAUCUGUAUGCUUUAACCCAUUUCCAGUUUUGCUUGCACUGAAAUGAUUGCACCAUGAAAGAGUCAGGGUUAAUCUUGUGGCAAGCUGGACCAUAUGCACACUGAAGGUGCAUUCAUGAUAUGAUUGGAGCAACUUUAUGUAACCAGAAUUAAACAUUUCAUUGACUUCAGCCUGGAAUUGGCUUCAUCUGCUUGCAGAUUGAUACUUUCUUUUCCUCUCUUUUAAAUCAAGCACGCAUUCUUCGCCACUCAUCUGCUUUAGUUUGGGGAAACAUCUGCAUUAGCCACUGUAGUAAUGGUUUAAGAUUAUUUAAUCUCAUUACUUAUACACUUCAUUAGCCUGAGUGAAUUGUUGGCAAGGAUUCAGUAAACUUCAUACAUUGGAAGAUAAAAGGAUAAAAAAGGAAAAUGAGAAAGAUUCUGUUCCUCAUUUUCUUUCAAAUUUAUCUUCUAUCUAUUUAAGGGAUAAAAGAACAAUCAUUGCCUCGUUGCAUCUGCGUUUUUACAUUCCAUGAUACAGCUUUGCAGCUCUGAGUGCAGAGAAAAGAGUAAACGUUUAAUAGGCUUCUUUUAAAGACCCCUUCUGGUUACAUGAAUGUUUACCCAUACAGCCCACAAAAACCUGGUUAUGGACUUAACCCAAAAGACAUCUGGAUCCAUCUGCUGCUGCACAUGCAGGGUAACGGAUGGCCAUGCUGUAUAUGUAGCUGGAAAGCCAGUACCAUGAGUGGGAAAUACAAAGCAGGAAUCUGGCAAUCUGAUGCAGCCAGGGAGAAGGGGAGGAAAAAAAGGAAAGAAAAAAGAAAACAACACCCAAGCACACAUUAAACUCUUAAAUGUGAAAAAAAAUGAGUGUUGAGAGCUGAAGUCUCAAUACCCUUCAGAAAGCUCAGGGCUCUGCUGUGCCAAAAGCCAAAUGUAGGCACCUGCCAUGCUAUUGGCUUUAGGCCUGAGGAAUUUGUGUCGUAGAGCAUAUGUCUCAUUGAUUUUUCAAUGAAAGGAAGUUUGCAGUUGCUUCAGUAAGAUGUGAGUGCUUAAGUACACUGAGGGCCCAAGCUAGGCUUGCAAGUUGUUCUUGCAAAUGGACUGGGGGCUGUGAAAUUGCUGAGGCACAAUCUGAAUGGGUAUUUUUGCCUUUAAAUGUGUGAUGCGGUCAUACUGAAGUCAAUGAGAGUUAAUGACCUGCUUAAAAUAUAUCCUGUGCUUGAGGA